CGCAAACAUACGAAUACUUUAUCGGAAUAUAAAUACAUGUGUGUGUGUGUACGCCCACAUUUGUAAAUUCUUGUAGAACCCAACCAUACACAAUCGCAAUCACAGUCGCGAGAAGAGUAACGUUACGUUCGUCGUCCAUAGCCACUCGAUUACGUUCUGGCAAAUAAAUUAGUCGCAGCUGAUGCAACUCCAGCUUAAGUUCUACGCGUAGUUUCCGCAACAAGCCAGUACCAAUCCAUUCACCAUGUCCGACGAUUUCGAUGGCUGCGAGUGCGUUUGGUCGCACGAAUUCGCCAUGCAGCGUCUCAUAAACUUUAUUCGUCAAAACCAGAACUCUUGCACAGACACCGAGUGCAUCGACGUUAGCGGACGCUUGCAGCCGACUGGAUCGGGGAGUGAUGAUGGCAAUGGCUUCUUCGUUGCUAUGGUCUUCAUGAUACUGGCCAUGUUCAUGUACGUUGUGAAUCCGGGUACCUGGGGCCGUCUUGGUCUGAGGAGCAACACCAAGAACACUCGUCGCGACAACAACCAGGAUGGAGCACCUCCUCCACCCCAGCCACCGCCACCGGCAAUCAACUAGGUGCCGGGAAGCUGCUGAACGCCAAAACAAUUUGCAUUUUUUGGUUUUAUCAUUACGAGCAGUUAGACAAAGGACACAAAACACAAGAUUCAAGGACAGGUAUCAAACAUCAUAUACGAGAGAAGGAGAUACAAGCAAACACGUAACAUCAGUUCGAUUUAGCCUAGUUCAUGGGAUCAGACAAAGAUUAGAUCAAUUAAACAGCACAACACACCACACACAUAUUCUGUACAAGUGAAACACCGCAGACGCGCGCACACAGACACAAAGAAAAACACACAGAAAUACAUACACAAAUCCUAUAAUCAAAUUACAAGUUGGACGCUGACUCGUGUAUUGGCAAACUAAAUUGUUAAAAACUUAA